AUGGAGAUAUCAGAGAUGGGAGUUGCAUCUAUGGUUGCGACACUUCUAAUACCUCCAAUGCCUUCGAUAUCUUCGGAUUCUCUAAUACCCCAAUCAAUUCCGAUACUUCAAACUUCUCCAACACCUUCAAUACCUUCAACACCUCCAAGAUCUGAAAUCUCUCCAGCAACUCCAACACCACAAAUACUUUCAACGUCUUCAAUACCUCCAACACCUUCUACAGAACUUGACGCAGAUCACUCGUGGGGAUUUGAUUCUGGAACGGGAAAGGCUCCUUCUAUCAUCAUUAGCGAAAGGAAAAACCUUUAUCCACAUGAUUUGUUUUCUGACGACUUGUAUUCGGACGAUAUGAAAUGGACAUCACUUGGAAGCAGCCCUAAGAGCAGAGCGAACGCACGGAGCGCCCAUUCCAACAAGUCUACCGAUGUCAAAUCGAAUCAUCCAGAUGAACUAUGCUUUAUGUCGGCUUACCACUCCACCCCUCCCGAUUCGUAUCUCGGACGCUCUUCAUCCUUUUCUUCUCUCUACGAUAUGCAAAGUGCUUGUGCUGUUUCAAUUGAAAAUCUUUUGGGCUUAUAUGGCAUUCUCUUAUACCAACUAUUGUGGGGUAAUAAAAAACACGGUCGUGUCUCAUUUUCUCAACAUCCCGCUUAUUUCGACACCGAUCACCCAGAUACGUUCAGUAGUUUUGUUGAUGUUCUCAACUUUGAUGUUGAGCGUACCUCCCCUCUACCUUUGGAUAGGAAACCUGCAUUCAUUUUAUUGUUGCAAGUAACUAAACAACCCCCUUCUCUACGAUACCCUGAAGCGGUGCCGGAUUGGUACCGUAUAGAUCACUUGUUAUUUUUGGGCUAUAGGGAACAUCUAUGGGCUAUAUAUUCUCCUGCUGACGCGAACGCUUGCAUGAGUUAUGCUCUUAAAAUUUGGAGUCGAGUGCACCACCACGAACCCGGGUUGCUUUCGUAA